CUUGUGGCGUCCUGACUGCGAACAGUGCGAACUGCGAGAACAGAAACAAGCAGAAUCCGCCAGCAGUAGACAGCAGGACCUGUAGUGGGUGUUAUGGUGGUCCGUAGUCAGUAUCAGUAGUCGCGCGUUUCAACGUGUAACAAGUGAGAUGGGUCUUCCGCGAGCCGGUAUCGGGAUCGCGAUCCCGUUUCUCCUGACCUACGCAACGAACGCUGCUAUCCUUCUGCCCAAUACAUCUGGAAUUGAUGGACAGCUCACCGCUAAUCAUAAAGUCGAUCAUUUCUUUUCCUUGUGGCUGGUUUUCAACAAUGACAACGUCAAAACUUCAGAUGAGCCUUUCACGGUGUUCGCGCCGCAGAAUUCGGCGACGAGGCGCGCCGAGAAUCUGCUCCACCAGCCGGAUCUCAUCAAAAAGCUGUUACUCGAUCACGUGGUGCUCGGAUCGCUCGUCGACUUGACGAACGCGUCGAACGGGACGUCCGUUAAGACGCUCGGCGGCGGCACCGUCGAUAUUCGCCCGGCGAAGGAAAACAAUUUGAAAGCCAAUAACGUUAAUGUCGUGGAGAGGAAAGUUGUUGUUCCUAAUGGUAUUUUGGUGAUUUUGGACGAUUACCUGUUUCCUCUGGGCGAAGAAAUGAAACAGGACAACGCCGUGUCGACUUCGUCGUCGACAGUGGCACCGGCGAAGGAGAAACCGGCGGAAGCGGCGUCGUUUUCGGCGGGUCCGAGCGAGAGCAGUAAAAAUCAAUCGAACACCACAUUCGUCGAGAACAUUAUGGAGGUGCUUUCGUUCCUCAAGGGCGGCGUUAGAGUCUUUCAACAUUUCUUAUCGAGAUCUAACGUCUCCAACUUGCUACGUCAAGACGAAGAAUACACUGUAUUCGUUCCGACCGACCACGCUUUCCAGAGAUGGCAUCCCAUCGAUUGGGGUUUCUAUCCCUUCAGCGUCCCGGAAUUUACGGAGAGCGUAAUCGUGAACCAUUUCGUUAAAGGCAGACUUCGACAACACUUAAUUAAAGAUGGAGAAAUCGUCAAGACGCUGGGCGGAAAAGAAAUCGUCUUUAGAAAAACCCCGAGUUUGACAGUGAACGGGGCGAUGCUGGUGAAAGGGGACACCCCGGUGGCCAGGGGGAACAUCAUGUUCAUAGGCGAGGUGCUCUUCGUCACCGAGUCGAUCGUGUCGAAGCUCCACCAGCAGCACAAGGACAAAGAGACGCCCCCGCUGCUGGCGUUCCCUUGGUUCGGCGCUCAGUUUCUGUCGCACGCGUUCCUGGCUUUGGAGCGCGACAGGCGAUUCAGCCACAUCACGAGAUUCCUGAACCUGGCGGAUUUGGCGCCGCACGUUUCCGGCACCGGGUACACUUUCUUCGUGCCCACUGACACGGCUUUCGAGAAAUUGGGCUUGAACAGGAUGCCGGAUAAUUAUCUAUCCAACAACGACGGUUUGAGGAUUUUGCUUAAUCACUUCGUUAAAGGUCGAUUGUACGAUAAGGAUCUUACCGAUGGACUGCGACUGGAGUCGUUGGGGAACAGAACUAUUGCGGUGAAACGAACGGAUAAAGGUGAAGUCUACAUAAACGACGCUAAAAUCGUGGAAAGUGAAGUAUUCGUCUACAAUUUGGGUACAAUGUUUUAUAUCGAUACGGUUUUAUUCACGACGGACAGUGCGUUUUCCAGUACUACCGCAGCGCAAACGGAACCAUCGACCUCCACCGAGGGCUGGACAACGGAGAAGAAUGUGGAAAAGGUCCCGGAUGAAUUGGUGGAGGAAACCGGAUCGUUACCUGACGUUUUGUUCGCUGAUGGUAUCAGUAAUGAUAACGAAACGGAGAGCGUAGCCAACACCACGCAAAUCAACACCAUCAAAUAACUGUAUUUAUUUUAAUAAGAUCUGGAAAUCUACGUAUAAGACAUCAAGAGUUUCUCUAAAUGUGAUUACCAAUAAACAUUAUAAGUGUUUUGUUACAAAGCUAACAGCUUGGCGAUUGAUUACCAAAUUAUAGUAUUCAUAUAGCGUUGAUCUGCUUAGUCAAAUUAACUGUCCUUAAAGUUUUAUUCUUCACGAUAAAUUAAUUGAUUUGUAUUAUGUAUUUUUAAAGAAAAAUCCCGAUUUACAAUUUCUUUUCUGGUUUGUACGUAUACUCGUGUUUUUAAUGGUGCAUUGUGUGGAGCAAAUAUUAAACGUAAUACCAUCCAUAUCAUUGGAGCUCCUGUAUUAACUCUAAAAUAGCACGCUUUCAUUAAUAUAUCAAUGUGAGUGUAAAUACAUAAUAUAGUCUCAAAGAAUGGUGGGUGAUUGAAAAUCUAAUUGCUUUUUUUAACUCGCUUGAAUAUUAUCAACUUUAACAAUAAAUAACAAUACUCGCGAUAGAUGCGACAUAAAAUGUAUUUCUGUAUUAUUUUUCUAUCAAAUCAAUUCUGGAUACGUGUUCUUUUUACCGAUGUUCCAGUUUUAUAGUUUGUUGCGCAGAAGUAAUAUUCGGACCGUUCACGAAGAUAAAAUUACCGAAACUUUUAGACAUUAAAUAUUAACUAUUGAACAAAAUUUGUGUCACAUUUUCACAAUCCCUUCGAGAAAGCGACUAAACUUUGACUUUGAUUUACGCAACUUAAUGAAAGGGGGCUUUACAGAAAUCGUAAUACUAAUAUUAAAACAAAAUAACAUACCUAUUUAUUCAAGUAGAAUACUUUUACUAUGUACAGACACACUACAUGUAUGUAAGAAAUUUAGAAAUAAUUUAUACGUUAAAAGAACAAUGACUGAUGAAUGUUAAAAGAACAAUUUGCAAAUAUUUUGUAAAUUGGUUUAUAUUUCUACAAAAAUUAAUGUCUGUUAUCUUAGUGAAAUAGAUAAAUGUUGUGUAAUUCUAUUGAAAUAAUAAAUGUUUACUUUUAGCUGAAUGAUAUAUUCCCAAUAUCCCUAGUAAGUACAAACUCCUAUUUUACAUUUUAAAUUUCAUUUCUUUUCGUUUUGCCAUCUUUCAUUCUUGUACAUUUUAUAUUUUCACUUAAUAAAACGAAUUAUCCAUGACGAGUCUUAUUAACAGUGGCCUGUGUAGUUUAAUAACCCAAGAAAGAAAUAUUUAGAGAAGUUUAUUGAAACAUGCGUAAGCUAUCACAGCCGCAAAUGAUUAAAUUAAUCCUACGUAAAGCAGAUUUUCAUUGGCCCAAACGGGCUUGGGUAAUUUCUUCCAGAGGAUUCUUAUGGUCUUUCAUCAUUGGUCUAGCUUCGUAGGUGCAAAUCGUAACUCCAUGAUGAUGAGCUUCUGUGAACUCUCCUUUCAGACCUAUAUAGUAUAUUUUCGUCGUUUCUGCGCCAAAGUUGCUCGGAAAAUGCAGUGUUAAAUGGUUUACACUAUUAAAAGUGACAACU